AUGGCUUGCGAAGAGUCGGCGGUGCCGCUGAAGACGACGGAGCAGUUCUACUUCUCCGUGAUGACCAGGACGAAGUCGCUAUCUGUGCUUGGCCAUAGCAUGUGGUUAGGCCGGAAUCCACCCCAUGACGGGUCAACGUCAGUCUAUGCUGCACCAGACCAACUUCUAAGGCUAAAUGCACCAAAGCUACUCAGUGAUGCAAACUUCACAUUGGGAAGAUGUGAAAAGAACAUGUUCUUUAGGUGUUUGUCACUAUUCCUAUUACAUUACUUGAGAAUUUUUCGUGUGAUUCACGUCAUCGUUGGCCCCAUGUUCGCUGGCAAGACCACCGCGCUUCUCCGCCGGCACCGGCAGGUUGGGAAGCUUAUUUUUUCCAAAGUGAUUGUUUGGGUACUACAAGCUCCCACAGAGUGGAAGCGGUUGUUACAACAGGUUUGA